AUGUGUAUCGCCUUAAUAUCAACAGCUCACCCCUCCUACUCUCUAAUAAUCAUUAAUAACAGAGAUGAAUACUUACGCCGUCCAACUGCCCCAGCAGACUACUGGCCACCCCCAAACACGCACAUCCUCGGCGGGCGCGACCUUGCCCGCAAAACCCAAGGAACCUGGAUGGGGGUAACCCGCACCGGCAAAGUCGCUAUCCUAACAAACUACCGUGAACGCACCUCAGAUGCCGCGACGGGCCAACAAUCCCGCGGCGCAAUUGUCAACAGCUGGCUCACGCGUACCCCGGACCACCCCACAACCGAAUAUGUCGAGGAGAUGGUAGCUAGCCCCACGGCUCGCAAUGUCGGCGGGUUCAGUCUUGUGUGCGGGUAUGUGAACGAGCCGUUGGCGAUCGUGUCGAAUCGGUCAAGCGAUAUGGAUCAGGUUACGUGGAUUGCGGGUGAAAAGGGACAAACGAAGGGAUUAAGCAAUACAGUUUUUGAUGAUAGGAGCUGGCCGAAGAUUCUGGAAGGGGAGAGGCUCGUCGAUGAGGCGAUUGAGGAGCAUGUUAAACAGGAAAAGGGAAAAGGGGAGGAGGAGGAGGAGGAGAAGUUGAUCGAGAAGUUGAUUGAGGUGCUAAAUACGAAUUCGUUGCCACAGUUGGAUGGCGAUGCUACAGCGGAGGAUUAUCUUCCGUACUUUAGGAGGAGUAUUUAUAUCCCGCUUAUUGGGAGGGGAGAGAAGCCAAAGGCUCCGGCUGCGGCUGGUGAGAUUGCGGUGCAGAAUUCGGGACAGUCACCAUGUGUUGAUGGACAUGCGCAUGGAACGGCAUCAGGGCCUGUCAAAGAGCCCGAAGCCGGGCACGAUAUCCUCGACCAGUCAUAUCUACAUGGUCCGUACGGGACACAAAAGCAAACGGUCAUACUUGUUGGGAAAGACGGACGGGUGAGGUACUUCGAGCGCACUCUAUAUGAUCAAGAGGCCAAUGCUGUCCCUAUCGGCCAGGGAGACAGGUCUUUUGAGUUCCAGGUGACGCGAUGA